CCAAUGCUUGUCAUGAUGCUGUCCUGCUGCCUCUUGGUCUCGCUGAUGGUCGUUCUGGGUCUCGCAGCACCCAUGCCGGAGGGAGCGGGAUCUCCUUCCCUUGCAGUACGCGCUGACUUGAAGUUGGCUACAGAAUAUCUUCAAAGCUACUACAAGCUGCAAGCUGGACAGCCCUCGGAAUCCCUGUCCUUGGUGACCAAGCUGAAAGACAUGCAGACCUUCUUUGGCCUCAAUGUAACAGGUGUGCUAGAUCGGCAGACUUUGCAGGUGAUGAUGAGGCCUCGCUGUGGCGUUCCGGAUUUGGAAGACUCCGACACUCACAGUCGAGCGACGCAAUGGAACAAGAAGGUCAUCACUUACAGCAUUGGCAGGUACACAAGAGACAUGCCUCGCAGCACCGUCCACUCCCUGCUUGAGUCCGCUUUCAACAUCUGGGCCAGAGCUGGUGGUCUGACGUUCGUCCGCUCACCCACUCGCAAUGCUGAUAUCAUGGUGGAGUUCGUCAGUCAUGAACACGGUGAUCUCUAUCCAUUCGAUGGAGCCGGUGGUGCGUUGGCUCACGCUUUCAGUCGAGGUCAGGACGUCGGUGGAGACGUGCAGUUUGAUGACGACGAGCGUUGGACAUCAGGAGACGCAGACGGUUUGAAUCUUUUAGUGGUGGCUGCACAUGAAUUUGGCCACGCUUUGGGCUUGGAGCACUCGAGGAACCCUGCGUCACUCAUGCAUCCCAACUACAAGCCCUUUCCAGCAGGAGCCGACCUCCUCUCCAAAGACGAUGUCACACAAAUCAACGCACUUUACCGCAGUCCAGAUCACCUUGCAAGGUACUCCUCAGGUUUGCCGCCAUUCCCUCGACUCAUGCAAAACAGAUGUGCUCCGGAUGUGACUUUCGACGCCGUGUGCACACUCGGGGAUGCCACCAUCUUUUUCAGAGACAGGCAUCUGUGGAUUAAACACAAUAAAUCAUUCGACAUCAAAGAAGGUCCCAUCACCAACUUCAUGCCCAAGAUAGAAAGCAGCAUCGAUGCAGCCUUCUGGAUACCUCGCAGAUCUACUGCUUACCUCAUUCACGAGUCUAUGUUCUGGACGGUGAAGGGCUCAGUUUUGAAGGGAAAGCCCAGACCUCUCAGUCACUUUGGCUUUCCUGCCUGGGUGCAGGAUGUAGAUGCUGCAGUGCACAUUGUCAGAACGGGACGCACUCUCUUCUUCAUGCAUGAUAUUUACUGGAGUUACAAUGAAAACAGAAAAGUGAUGGACUUUGGUUAUCCAAAGUACAUCAUUGAGGAUUUUCCCGGACUCAACACCACAAUAAAUGCAGCCGUUUAUAACGAAGGUUUCAUCUACUUCUUUGUUGGACCACAAGUCUUCAAGUACGACUACACACACAAACGCGACAGUCCCGUCAAGAUGCAGCUCUCUGCUUUGUGGAUUCUGCUGCUCGCUGCUGUUGUGGCAACCGGUCUCGCUGCGCCCACCGUCGCCCCGACCAUUUCUCCAGAAGAGCAAGCCCUUGCAGAGGGAUAUCUGUCACAGUUUUAUGAUGAUGUGGGGACAAGGAACUCUACAAAGAAACGUCUCCUUAGCAGCAACUUUAGUGAGGAUCUGGAGUCCAUGCAGUCUUUCUUUGGCCUGGAGGUCACAGGAGUCUUGAAUAAAGAAACCGUGGAGGUCAUGAAGGCACCCAGAUGUGGCGUGUCGGACAUCAGCCAAUAUGGACACUUUGCUGGGAAACCCAAGUGGAAUAAGAGGCUCAUCACUUACAGGAUCACUCAGUAUACACAAGAUCUAAACCAGAGACAAGUGGACGACAUCAUUGCACAAGCCUUCCAGCUCUACAGCGACGUCAUCCCGCUGGACUUCAAGCAGAUCAACAGCGGCAUUGCAGACAUCAUGAUUCUCUUCAAGGGUGGAUAUCACGGGGACUUUUAUCCUUUUGACGGAAGCGGGGGAGUCCUGGCGCAUGCCAACUCUCCAGGGCAGCAGCAGGGAGGGGACACCCACUUUGACGAUGAUGAACAGUGGAGUCUCACCCAAAGAGGUGUUAACCUGCUGCUGGUGGCGGCGCACGAGUUUGGCCAUGCUUUGGGUCUGGACCAUUCCAGGGACAGACGUGCGCUGAUGUUCCCUACUUAUCAAUAUGUCAACACAAAUGGCUACAAGCUACCAGACGAUGACAGACGAGGGGUUCAAGCCCUCUAUGGUAGCCGAACACCAGAGCCGACAGAAGCCUCAAAACCAAACCCACCACCCCAACCUGAGCCAGAGGAACCAACAGAAGACCCAACAGACCCCCUUCCAAACCCUCGUGACGAGCAGUGCAGCAGGGACCUGGUGUUUGAUGCCGCCACAUCCAUCAGGGGAGACUUGUACUUCUUCAAAAACGGAUACUACUGGAGGAAGAGUACCAUGUUCAAUGGGAUACGUUUUACUAAAGUCAGCACAAUGUGGCCGCAGAUCAACACCGUUGAUGCUGCAUAUGAGGUGCCAAACAAGGAUUUGCUUCAUCUCUUUGAAGGUAACCAGUACUGGGGCAUAAGGGCCUACGCAAAGACUUUGAUAGCAGGAUAUCCGAAGUCUCUGACCAGCCUGGGCUUGCCAUCCUAUGUCAGUCAGGUGGAUGCAGCAGUCUAUGUGCCAACCACUGGGAAAACAUUGCUUUUUGCUAAGAGACAGUAUUGGAGCUAUGAUGAAGCCAGAAACCAAAUGGAUCCCGGAUACCCGCGAUUGAUCACACGGGACUUUCCUCACACGGGCUCCAAAGUGGAUGCGGUUUUUGAGAAUUAUGACUUUAAACUUUAUCUUCCGUCUUGCACACAGGGGGCAUCCCUUUCUCCAAUGGAGUCACUGAACACUUUUGAAUCCGAAAUGGAAGCUGAUGGACAGGGAAACUAUUCUUUGUUUCCAGCUCUGGACAUCGCUGGUCUGUCAGGGACUGCUGAUAACCUGGAGAGCGAACCUCCCAGUGAAAUUGCAGAGAAGCCAAGCCUCACCUGGCUUGAUGCAGCUCAGAUUGUUUUAGAGGAAGCCGGACACCCUAUGCACAUCAAGGAGAUCAAGCAAAGGAUUAUCGACAGGGGACUUGUUCAGUCCAAUGCCAAGUCCAGUCUGGAAGCUGUCAUGUACCGUGAGACACAAAAAGGCAGCAGGAGAUUCAAGAGGAUUGAGAACAGAAAUGGAGUCUUUGCAUUGCUGACAAAUGACGAGCGUCAGCAGGCACUCCAGGCCUUCACCGCUCAGGCCUUUCUUGGCCCCGGGCAGCAGAAUGCACUCCCCGCUUCUGGUCCUGGCAGUGCCACUACCACCACCACUACCACCAUGGCCCCCUUUCCGUCCUCGGAGAACAAGGCCAAGAUGAAACGAGGAGCGCGGAAAAAACAAAACGAAAAGUACCGGCUGAAGUACCUUAGACUGCGCAAAGCAGCACGUGCCAUGAUAUUUGAAAAUGCAGCCUUGCACGAUGAAGUUGCCCAUCUAGAAGAGAAGUUUGUAAGAGCGAAAGAAGAGCGCCAAUUGUUGCUGUUACACUAUCAGUCUCUAUCAGAGGGGGACUUCUUGCACACACCCAGCUCAUCCAGCAACCAUCCAGCUGUGCCCCCUCCCACCAUAAAUUCUGGCCCUGGAGGGGCUCCCGGCCUUUGCGGGACUCACAGCCUAUCAUCGGUGGUGUCGACGGGCGAUGAAGGAGUGCUUAAAAAGCCCAAGAAGGAACGGAAAGAGCGAGUCAAAGAGAACGGAAAAGAGGAGCCCCCCAAGAAGAUGACCAAAAGGAGAAAACUAGCGGAUGGCUCCCGGAAACUGGUGCAACCUAUUGCACUGGACUCCUGCGGUCGCCCCGUAUUUCCCAUUGUGCUGGGAGGCUUAACGGUGUACAGUUUGGGCGAGAUCAUCACGGAUAGAAUGCUGUUCCAUGACCAAUGUGCCAUCUACCCGGUGGGCUUUUGCAGCACGCGAAUCUUUGCCAGCAUGAAAAACCCAGAGCAGCAGUGCCUCUACACCUGUCAAAUCAAAGAUGGGAGAAGCGGACCGCAGUUUGAAAUCGUGCCAGAAGAAGAUCCUCAGAAUGCCAUUGUGGCCUCAUCUGCCCUGACAUGUCACUCCAACCUGCUCAAGGCCAUCGCUUCCGUCAGUCCCAAGUCUGUCGCUCCAAUUGUGCCCUCCGGAGCGGACUUCUUCGGCUUCUCUCAUCCCACCAUCCAGAAUCUCAUCCAGAGUUGUCCUGGAGCACGCAAAUGCAACAACUACCGAUGGAUUCGUUUCGAGGUGUGCCGCCCGGGCGACGGCCAGGUUCCUCACAGCCUGUCUGAGGAUGACGUCUCCGUCAAUUUUGAGGCCUAUCAAAGACACCAGCGCUUUAGUUUUGAGAAGGCGGAGCAAAUCACAGCGCAGACACUGCAGUGUUCUAGCUCCUCCCACCCGAGCCCGGCCUCCAUGAAGCUGUCGACCUCUUCCUAUUUCAGCUCCCCUUAAGGUCAUACAAUUUGCAGAUGGCAUCUCGAUAAAUUCAAAUGCACAUUACAAUUUUAAGUGACACAUUGGUAGAAAAACAGUUCAAAGUAACAAAUGUGAUUUUUAAUGUUUUGUGGGACCAAACAAUUUCACAUUAUUUGCCUCUAAGUCAGUUACACUUACUCCAGGUUGACUUUGAAUGCAGCAUUCUCAUAACAUUCUUAUCAACAUUCUUAUCUGUGAAAAUUAUGUAUGGAAAUUGUGUGUAUUACA